AUUUUUAUUUCAUAAAGUAAAAUCCAUCAGGUAAUAUAAAGUGGCAAGUCGAGAAAGUACAGCACAGGACGCGUCGCGUGUUUUUUGUUUGCAUCGAUCCCGAGUUAAUGUGCUCUUGGCCACCCCAUUUUAGAGCGGAAGUGGAAGCGGGAUUUUUGUAACGCUCGCUGAAUGCGUGCGACGAGUGUUCAUUGAUUCAACAGUUUGUUGACUUGAUUUUAUUUGUUAUUAAACGUAAAAUGAUCGCAGGCGUGAAACGGGAGAGGGACGUUGAUGAAGACGAAGAUGAAGAGGUGCGUGUGAAAAUCGGUCGUGGUCAUGUUGAAGAUCGCAGAAGUCGCCAUUGUCCAUAUCUGGACACAAUCAAUAGGAGUGUUUUGGAUUUCGACUUCGAGAAGCUUUGCUCAAUCUCUCUUUCACACAUUAACGUCUAUGCCUGUUUAAUCUGUGGGAAAUAUUUCCAAGGUCGAGGUCAGAAGUCUCAUGCGUACAUCCACAGCGUUCAGUUCACACAUCACGUUUUCCUGAAUCUCCACACGUUAAAGUUCUACUGCCUGCCAGACAAUUAUGAGAUCAUUGACUCCUCAUUAGAGGACAUUACAUAUGUGCUGAAACCCACGUUCACCAAACCGCACAUCUCUGGUUUGGAUAAGCAGGGAAAGCUGUACAGAGCCUACGAUGGCACUACUUAUUUGCCAGGAAUUGUGGGUCUCAAUAAUAUCAAGGCCAAUGACUAUGCUAAUGUGGUAUUGCAGGCGCUGUCAAAUGUGCCCCCUCUGCGAAACUACUUCCUCGAGGAGGAAAACUACCGUGGAAUUCGCCGGCCGCCGGGCGACAUCAUGUUUCUUUUGGUGCAGCGUUUUGGGGAGCUCAUGCGCAAGCUGUGGAACCCGCGUAACUUUAAAGCCCACGUUUCGCCGCAUGAAAUGUUGCAGGCUGUGGUGUUAUGCAGUAAAAAGAACUUUCAGAUCACUAAGCAAGGGGACGCUGUUGACUUUCUCUCAUGGUUCCUGAAUGCAUUGCAUGGUGCUCUUGGUGGGACAAAGAAGAAAUCAUCCAUACUCGCCAAGGUGUUUCAGGGGUCCAUGCGAAUCUUCUCAAAGAAACUUCCCCAUCCAGACUUGCCUCCUGAAGAGAAAGAAGCCCUUCUCCUUAAGGAGGAGUACCAGGAGAAGAUGUCGGAGUCCACCUUCCUCUACCUGACCCUUGACCUGCCCACCGCACCGCUCUACAAAGAUGAGAAGGAGCAGCUCAUCAUUCCUCAGGUUCCUCUCUUCAACAUCCUGGGCAAGUUCAAUGGAAAUACUGAGAAGGAGUACAAGACCUACAAAGAGAACUUUCUGAAAAAGUUCCAGCUCACCAAACUUCCUCCAUACCUCAUCUUCUGCAUCAAACGAUUCACAAAGAACAACUUCUUUAUUGAGAAGAACCCAACCAUCGUCAACUUCCCCAUCACGAACGUUGAUUUGCGCGAGUACCUCACUGAAGAGGCGCAGGCUACCGAGAAGUUCACGACCUAUGACCUGGUGGCCAAUGUGGUUCAUGAUGGGAAACCCACUGAGGGUUCCUAUAGGAUUCAUGUUCUGCAUCACGGCACGGGGAAGUGGUACGAGCUUCAGGACCUGCAGGUGAUUGACAUCCUUCCACAGAUGAUCACACUCUCUGAGGCGUACAUACAGAUUUGGAAAAGACAAGAUAAAGAGGAUGGAGCAGGAAGCCAUAAAGGGGCUUAGGAUGCUAGGAGUUGUAAAUGAAAUGCUUCGUUCCUGUUCAGGCCCGAAUGAAACCUUGCCUUCAAGAAUGACGAGAUGAGACGACGAGAGAAGACGUUCACCUGAAAGGGAUAGUUCACUCAAAAAUCACAUUUACACAUGUAUAUGAGUUUCUUCCUUCAGAUAAACACAUAUUUAGGAGAAUAAUCCGUCUAGGUUAGUCUAUAUGACACCAUUGAAUGACUGAAAAACCACACAGUGACCCGUACGACCCCAGUGGAUGAGUCAAAGUCUUCUGAAGCCAAACAAUAGGAGUAUAAGAAAGAUACUAAUAGAUUUAGUUUUAAUUAUAAAUCAAUGCAUCCAGUCUACUGUCAUACAAGCGUUCUUGAGAGGGACAAAACAGCAUUGAUUUAUAAUUAAAGUUAAAUCUGUUGGUAUUUUCCUAGAAGACAUCGAUUCAUCCACUGUGGUUUUUCAAGCGUCAAACCAGCUUCAGCCAUUCAGUGGUGUUACAAAGACUAACAGAGAUGGAUUUUCCCACAUAAAAGAAGGUCUUUUACAUGAUGGAUGAGUAUUUUUAUUUUUGAACUAUCCCUUUAAAUCCCGAGGUUUCAUUUCAUAUAAUGAUGCUAAGAAAUCUGUAAGGUGAACGCAACACAUUUCUGUUCCUAUUGUAAUUUUUUUCAGUUUUAUUGUGACUUCCUUUGCUAAUAAAGUUUGUAGUAUGAGACCUUUUAUUAAAGUUUUCAAGACUA